UGAGCUCCCAUUGAUCAUUUUGAUUCUGUAUCAGACAUUUGAACCAAAAAAAAAACUUCCUCGUAUACAACACACUUCCAAAGACCGCACGCAACAUGAACAACUCUGAUGCAAUUCGCCAACCUGUCGAUGGUCCCGUCGCAGAUUAUGUCUACGACAAGCGCGAGCAGACUGGCCUACUCACGCGCUUCGUACCAGAUAGAAUAAAGGGAGGCGCCUUUUAUCGCAUGCUCCUUCGUGCAACUCGCGUCCUACAGUUCCUGUCAUCUGUCAUCUCUCUUGGUGUCUUUUCCCAGCGUCUUUACAAAGUGUACCGUCUUGUCAACUCCAUCAAGACACGCCGCGGUGUCAAUCGCGCUUACGGGGCCGUUGAAGGCAUCCUCGCUGCAGCAGUUCUCUACACCCUCAUCACCAUUCUUUUCGGUUGCAUCAAGAAAAGCGCCAAUCCCGGUGGUCGUGUACUGCGCUGGGUUUGGAUAUUGUUAGAUCUCCUGUUUGUGGGUGCCUUUAUUGCUGUCACUGUACUUACCAGACCCAACGGUGGCCUUGCUGGCGCGAGACAUUGUUACAGCCCGUCGCGUCUGCGCAAUAGUAGUUCAAGCGAUGUGAUGGGUACAACAGCCGAUCCUCAGGACGACUCCUGCAAUCUUCCCUGGGGCACAUUUAUUCUGGCCAUUAUCAGCACCCUUCUUCAUGCUAUUACUGCCUCUUUCCAUGAGAUCAAAGAUCACCGUCGAAAGGCAAGAGUUGAUCACGAGAAGGUUGCAGAUCAUCAGCAGGCAGCAAGAAGUCGCUACUAA